CCGGUGUCGGCGGCGGCGGCCGGAGCAGCGGCUGCGGCGGCGCCCGGGCGGGGGGCCUGGCUGGCGCGUAGCUGAGACCAUGGAGGGGCAGAGCGGCCGUUGCAAGAUCGUGGUGGUGGGGGACGCCGAGUGCGGCAAGACGGCGCUGCUGCAGGUGUUCGCCAAGGACGCCUACCCCGGGAGUUACGUUCCCACCGUGUUCGAGAACUACACGGCCAGCUUUGAGAUCGACAAGCGCCGCAUAGAGCUCAACAUGUGGGACACUUCAGGUUCCUCCUAUUAUGACAAUGUCCGACCGCUGGCCUACCCAGACUCUGAUGCUGUCCUUAUCUGCUUCGAUAUCAGCAGGCCAGAGACACUGGACAGUGUGCUCAAGAAGUGGCAAGGGGAGACCCAGGAGUUCUGUCCCAAUGCUAAGGUCGUUCUAGUUGGGUGUAAACUGGACAUGAGGACAGACCUGGCCACGCUGAGGGAGCUCUCCAAGCAACGGCUCAUCCCCGUCACACAUGAGCAGGGCAGCGUCCUGGCCCGGCAGGUGGGGGCCGUGUCCUAUGUGGAGUGCUCGUCGCGGUCGUCCGAGCGCAGCGUCCGGGACGUCUUCCAUGUGGCCACAGUGGCCUCCCUGGGUCGUGGCCACCGGCAGCUCCGUCGCAGUGACUCGAGGAGAGGCCUGCAGAGGUCGGCGCAGAGGUCGGCGCAGCUGCCCGGGAGGUCGGACAAAGGGGCUGAGGGCGAGAUUCGCAAGGACCGGGCCAAGAGCUGCAGCAUCAUGUGAGGGCUCAGCGGGCACCUGGCUGAGCCUGAGGGAGCGUGCUGGGUGGGAGUUGCCUCGCCCAGGACCCCCAGACUCACCCUGAUAACCUAGCUUAAUCUGGCACGGGGCGGGCUGGGUAGGAGGGAGGGGGAGAUUUUUGUGCCCAGCACUUUCUACCUCCCCUCCCUCUCUCUUCCUGGUGGAACUUUGGGAGCGCCCCUGAUGACUAAACGAUCUGGGCACAUGCUACGCGAGCCCCAAGGUUGAGCCCAGAGGCAUGUGUGCAUGGACACAAGCAUGUCCACAAACAUUUAUACAUAUGAACGUGCGGGAGAUGAGGAGUGGCCCUCUCCCCUCUCCCCCCAUAGUCACACCCGCCCCUUGUGGGCCCAGAGCCACCCCUCCACUCCCACCCCCCAUCUGCUUCUGCUGCUGUUUUCUCUGACCCCCUAACUCCAGGCCACAUGCACUAAAUCAGGACAAAGGAUAUGUCCCCAUUCAGUUCUCUUCCCUGCUGCCUUCCUCCAACAGGAGGCUAAUAAAACCCAUGUCCAUGGAAA